UCAUCCCCGAUCAUCACAUUGCUCCUCAUCCGCCUCCUUCGCAGCCACUCUGAGCUCAGGGUGGCCGUUCCGGCCCCGACGCCGUCGCGCCAUGGCUAGCGGCGGGGACGUCGGCGAGCCUGCGGGGCUGGGCGACGGGGCGUUGGAGGCGCAUCUCCGGGACGGCACCUUCGAGUCGGCGGGUCUAGUGAAUGCAUUGCCAGAGACCGCGGCGCAGCCCCUGCGCCGGCUGCUCUGGGUGAAGCUGCUCGGCCUCGUGUCGGGCCCCGAGCCGGAGCGGUGGGCGGAGGAGCUGACGGCCCACCGAGAUGCUUACGCGGCCCUGAAGGAGCGGCACCGGCUCGAGGAGGACGUGAAGGCCGCCGACCCCACGAUUUGCAACCCGCUGUCGCGCCACGCGGACAACCCGUUCCUGAAGCGAAAGGCCAACGAGGAGCUCCUGGAGGAGAUCUGGAAGGACGUGGAGCGCACGUUUCCAGAAAUCGAGUUUUUCCACCUCGACGCCAGCCGCAAGUGCAUACAACAGGUUCUCUACCACUGGUGCAAGGCGUGCAACCCCGCGGCCGACGCGUCGGAGAGCUACCGGCAGGGCAUGAACGAGCUCGCGGGCCUUUGCUUCUACGUAGUGCGCCAUGGGGAGCACGCCGGCAUGGGCGGGCUGGGCGCCCGGCUGUGUGGCAGGGUGCACAACGAGGCCGACACGUACGCGCUGUUCGGGGAGAUCAUGGAGCGCGGGGGCUUGCGGGAGAUGUUCGCCAUCGUCAGGGCCAAGCCCGCGGCCAAGGCGAAGGCGGUCGACGUCGGACCCAUGCCUGGCAUGGCCCGGGUUCGCCAAGGGCCCGCCCGGCAGCCCAUCAGCGCUGUCUUGGCGCGCUGCAAACACAUUUUCCACAAUGUGCUCAAGCAGGUGGAUGUGCAGCUGCAUGCCUACCUGGUAGAGAAGGGCGUCGAGCCGCAGAUCUUCCUGCUCCGCUGGAUUCGGCUACUUUUUUGCCGCGAGUUCCACGUCGCCGACACGGUGGCACUGUGGACUAUGAUUUUUGCCGACGCGGGUUCCGUGGAGGCGCGAGACGCCGCCUUCAUACCCUACGCCGCGGCAGACGCUGUCGACAGGGAGGGCGUGCAGGCGGCCGAGGCCGCCUCCCGCGCCCUGCCACUGGUCGAUUUUUUUGCGGUGGCCAUGAUCGAGUUCCUGCGGAUGCAGCUGCUCUCCAUGGACGAGUCCGAGUGCCUGCAGCGAUUGAUGAAGUUCCCCCCCGUGGAGAACGUGGCUACGCUGAUCACCCUCGCCAAGCGCCUCCGGGCCGGCGAGGCAGCACCAAUCCCCCAGCUGCCGCCCCCGCCCGCUCCGGAGCCUACGCCCAACCCGCCGCCGCAGCCCUUGCCGCUCUUUCUCGCCGGCUCCCCCGUGCGCGCGGCGUCGCAGGGCGAGAGGCCUACAGACGCAGCGGCCAGCCCUGGCCCAGCCGACAAGGGCAGCCCCGCCGUGCCGGCGCCCGCGCCCGUGGCCGCCGCGGCGCAGGACGUCCUGCGGGGGAUCAUCUCCGCCGGGCGCCAGGCCGUGGAGGCGGGCAUCGCCAGGGCAGGGCCCGGCGAGGGCACGGGGCAGGCGCGCCAGUCCCGCGAUUGGGGCCGUGUCGACCUCUGGAGCGGCGGCGGCGGCGCCGACGCCUCGAGCGCAUCGCCGCAGCGGGUGGCGCAGCUGGAGCAGCAGGUGAAGGCCCUGGAGCAGGAGAAGGAGCAGCUGAAGGCGAAGGCCAGGCAGUUCCUGGCGGCGAAGACGCAGGAGCUGCGGGACAAGGUCGCGGAGCUGGAGGGCAGGCUACGGGACGCGGAGGCCGCGGGCGCGGGCCCGGUGGAGGCCGCCGCGGAUGGUGAGGCGGUGGCUCUCCAGGACCGGGUCGCCCGGCUUGAGGCGGCGCUGGCCGCGGCACGUCUCGAAGGCCAGCGGGCCUCCGAGGCGGCCGCGGCCGAGGCCGCGGCCAGGGCGGCCGCCGAAGAGGACGCCAGAGGCUCCCUACGGCGCGCCGAGGCGGCCGAGCGGAAGGCCGCCCAGCUGGCCGCUGCGCUCGAGGCGCUGCGGCGGGCGCCCGGCCCCGCGCAGGCGCAGAGUGUCGCGCCCGCCCCCGCCGGGAUGCCGCCGCCCGAGGCGGCGGAGCCAGCCGUCGGCGCCGCGGACGCCGAGGCCCCUGUUCCCGCCGACAGGCCGCCGCCCGACGCGGCGGCGGCGGCGGAGCUGGGCGCCGAGGCCGCGGAGGCGGAGGCGGCGGCCCCGGCCGGCAGCGCCGCGCCCACGGAGUCGGCGCCCGCCGAGAGCGCAGAAGUUGCGGCGGCGGAGCUGACUGCGGAUGCGGCGGCCCCGGCCAGCAGCACAGCAGUGGGAGUAGAGGUCGGCGACCUGAUGUGAGCCCGCCGAGGCCUGGGACUGGUCGGUUGGAGGCGCAAGGGGAGGGAGGAUGCCGAGGUGGCGGGGGAAGCAGCGGGUGCGAGUGAAGCCAUUGAGGCGGCAAUUCAGUGGCUUGGCUGAGCAUCUCAGCGGCGUGUCAUUGCAUACGUCUUCACGUGGCGUCUUUUUCCGUCUGGCGCUUCCCUCGCCAGGACCCGACCACCAGGACUCGAAGUCAGAAAAUCUCCGUGCUUGCGUGAGAGGCGU